CGAUAGAUGUCACGUGGGUACCAUUCUCACAAGUCUAAGAAGUCUGCUAGGAUUUUCUGUUUGUUUAAAAAUGAAUUUAUUGUAAUUCCGCUUCAAAUACAAAAUAUACUUAAAGUGUAUUUCAUAAAUCUGAUCUAUAAAGUAUUAAAUUUUGCAAUGAUGAAUGGAGUAAAGUUGUUCAAAAAAUUCUUAAUGCCUUGCGGCGUUUGUGCGGCCAUUCCCGUAUUAAAGCAGUCAAAAUCAAAAGAAGAUGUGGUACAAGUCAGCAACGAAAAUCCAGAUAAAAAAUUAGUACGACCAUCUGAACUUCCAAUUUAUAUGUUUGAAAAACCAGCAAUUAGGGAAACUCCAUGUAAGGAGCAUGAAGAAAAACCUGGAGUUUUAGAGCAAAGCUUUGGAAGUGUACGAAAAUCAUUACAAGAUAUUCUAAAACAGUUCACGGGCUACACAGAUAAAAUAAUAAACACAAUAGAAACUGGCAAAGCACACAGUCAAGUAACCCUCGAUUAUCUAAGAGAAGAAACAAAUGUAAUGCCUCGUAUUGGAGCUGUUGGUUUGGGAGGUCUGACAGGAUUGAUAUUAGGCUUAAGGGGAGGAAAAUUCAAGAAAUUUGUUUACAGCUAUACAGGUGCGGUGGUUGUAGCUUCAAUUUGUUAUCCAAAACAAGCUCAGGAGGCAACAGUACUAGCAAAAUAUUACGUCAAUGUUGGUUAUAACUUUUUGUAUGGUGUGAAGCCGGGAGAAGAAAAUCAACUGGAAAUCAAUUGGCCAGAAUUACCAAAAGUGCCAACAAAUUUAUCUGAGGUUACAGAUCUAGCUAGCAGUACUGCUGGUUCAGCUGUUUCAGCAGUUGGUACGCUAGUAAUUAAAGCAGUUAAUGCAUUCAAUGAACUAAUUAAGGAUCCUGAACCGUCUUUCGAAGAAGAUAGAAAGAAAAACUAAAUGAGCAGUUACAAAAUCAAGAAAACCCCUCGAAGUAGAAGGAUGAAUCUGAACUGAUUGGAAUGACUGUUGAGAAAAUGUUAUUAAAAUGUGAUCUUGAAAAUAAGACCAGGCAUUUUUGUAAAAAUUGAUAAUCGAUUGGAAACAAGAGUACACUUGAUUUAUUAAAAAUAAAAAAUGUAG